AUUCUGCACUAGGACAGCGCAGAGUAAAUUUCUAUAUUACUAGGUAGUAUAAUAAAGAUAUUAUAUGGUGUAUCAAAUGUGAAAAUAACAUAUAUUUGCAUAUAUACUGUAUAUAAAUAUAUACAGUAUAUACAGUAUGUAUUUUUUUGAAAAAUCGUUAUAUAAAUAAUCCAUUUAAAAUAUAUAUAUGUAUAUAUAUAUAAAUUUAUAUUAGUAUAUAUUGUAUAUUAUACAGGUUUUAUAUAUAUAUAUAUAUAUACAUUCCAAAAUCUAGGUUGAAUGGAGAGAACAUCUUAUAGAGAAAAAAGUUUAUGUACAAAAAAAUCCUAUUGUAUGUUAUUACUAGUAACUUAAACUUUGUUUUCUUCACCUCAGAAUAAAUAGAAAUAAUAUGAUAUGCCUGAAGUUGAGGAAGAAAAAGUAGAAUUUAUUAAACACGGUGAAGUAGUUACAUUGGAACCUUUCACUCAUCAGGCGUUUAUUAAAAGGGAAUAUUAUUUUUAUUUAUCGUUACCCAAAGAAUUACAGUCAUUUGUACCGGAAUUUAGGGGUUUAAUUGAAGUUCGUCUUCAAAUGAUAGAAAAUGAUGUGAAAGUUUUCGGCCAACCUAUAAAGCCUAUAAAUUCUAACCAUAGUGCAUUGUUACUCUCAAGGAAUAAAAAGUCUUCUCUACAAAGAGCUGAUUCAACAUCGAACUCAAACUAUUGCACAGAUGUUUCUGAAGAACAAAUCAGACAAAUUAUUAAUCAGCAAUUAACAGAAACUCGCUUAGAGAGUUUAAAUCCUUUUAGUGUUAAUUUUUGUAAAGAAAGUCUGAAAAAGCUUCACAGCCGCCAUGGUUCUGCUCCCAGGAAUUAUAUUUUAUUGGAAGAUGUGACAUCCGUUUAUAGCCGUCCUUGCGUUUUAGAUCUUAAAAUGGGUACUAGACAACAUGGAGAUGAUGCUACGUUUGAAAAGAAGCAACUACAGAAAGCCAAGUGUGCCAUGUCAACAUCUUCUUCAUUAGGAGUCCGCCUUUGUGGUAUGCAGGUAUUCCGAGAGGAUGAUGACAAAUACUUAUGUCAUAAUAAGUAUCAUGGAAGAACGCUUUCAAGCCAGGGUUUUAAAGAAACUGUUUUGGAAUUUCUUGAUAACGGAAAUGGUAUUCGAAUUGAUGUCAUUCCAGAAAUAAUUUCAAGAUUAAAUACUCUAAAGACUGUAGUUGAACAACUAAACUGUUGGCGAUUUUAUUCUUCAUCUCUGUUAAUAAUUUACGAAGGAAAACAGGGAACUGUUAAAUCUAAUGUCGAUGUUAGAAUGAUAGACUUUGCGCAUACUACCAACGGCGCAUAUGUUGAAGAUGAGGUGCUGCAUGUUGGACUAGAUCAGGGCUAUCUUUUCGGACUGACCAACCUAAUUGAGGUGUUUAAGAGCGUUUUAAACAAAAAUAAGCAAGUACACGACAGCUAA